GUUAAAUGUACAGCUCAGAAGUCGUUUUCACUGCAUACGUGUUGUUUGAAGGCGCAAAAUAAUUUUCAUUUUCUUUGAUGCUAAAACGCAUUUAUAACGGUGUAUGGCGUUUACACGAAUAACUCUUAAGAGGAUCUAUUUCAAGUUCAUAUAGGCCUACUGGUUGUCUGCGUAAUUAAACCAGUGUUGUCAAAUCACUUACAGUUGCAUAUGCAAGUGUUUGUAUAACAGGUUUGAACGGUGGGUGGGUGUGAUCUAGAAUUAGGGCUGUGUCAUCUCGAUGACGUGGAGGAACUCAAGUCAGCCUUAACUUUAAACCUCUCUGUCUCAUACAGUUAAAUUAAACACAAAUUAAAUCAAGUUUUUUAAAUCAACUGGCUUGAAUGGGUCUCUAAAGCGCAGGACUGACGUCUGUUCGCUUUCCGGACAGCUGAUCGCGCGUGCUACACUGGACCAGGAAAAAUGCAGCUAGGCUUGUCGGUUUCUGACAGUGAUGUCUCUUCAUUCACCCCUCUGGUGGUCCUGGAGCUUGCUGAUGACACUAAAGCAGAGGCCAUCACUUGGUUACUAAACAGGAUCAGAGGCAAGCAGCAAAAUGGAGGAGCAGAGUUGUUGGUGGAUCAGCUCCUGUUUCCAGCUCAGGAUGGUCAGAAGUCUAAUCAAAAUGUCUUUGUGGUGGGCUCCACAUUGCAGAGGCUCUUGAAAGGAGCUGAGGAUGUAGGGUUAUUUAAGGAAUUUCAAGAUGGGACAAUGCGAGGGUUCACUUAUGCCAACAGAGAAAGCUUCAAAGACUUUUAUGGAGAUGGUGAAGGAUUUCUCAGUGAUGCCGAGUGUCAAUACAUUAUCAAACAUGAGUUGGACACACUUAGGGCUAAGAAUGAAGAGCAUGUUCCUGGAUACCCUAAGGUUAAGCUCUACCCUGGAAAAUCAGUUGUGCGGAGGUUGCAGUCUAAAGGUGUCCUAGUCCAGUAUUUUCCUCUCCAUAACAAAGAAGACCUUAAAAGGCUCUCGUUCUCAUGGUACAAAAAGAUCAAAUUGUCCUUCCAGCCACUGGAUGACAUCAGACAUUACUUUGGUGAGGGUCUGGCGCUCUACUUUGGAUUUCUGGAGUAUUUUACGUUUGCCUUGGUACCCAUGGCCUUCAUUGGUAUCCCUUACUACCUCUUUGACUGGGAGGACUACGACAAGUAUGUGCUGUUUGCUGUCUUCAACCUGGUUUGGUCUACAGUAUUCUUGGAAGUGUGGAAGAGAUGCAGCGCUACAUUAGCAUACGGGUGGGGAACUCUGAGCCACAAAAAAGCGUUUGAAGAACCGAGGGCUGGAUUCCAUGGAGCUCUGGGGUUUAAUCCAAUCACGGGCCGAGAGGAACCAGUCUACCCUAGCUCAAAGCGGCAGUUGAGGAUAUAUUUGGUGUCGGUUCCCUUUGUUCUGCUGUGCCUCUAUCUGUCCUUUUACGUGAUGAUGGUUUACUUUGACAUGGAGAAUUGGGCCAUAAGUAUAUACAAUGAAAAUCCAAACUUAGCGACUGGCAUUCUGCUGUUUGUACCCAGUAUCAUCUACGCUGUGGUCAUCGAGAUCAUGAACUUACUGUAUCGCUAUGCAGCAGAGUUUCUCACAAACUGGGAAAACCAUAGACUGGAGUCAUCAUUUCAAAAUCACCUUGUGCUCAAGGUUUUGGUGUUUAACUUUGUAAACUGCUUUGCCUCUCUCUUCUAUAUUGCCUUUGUCAUGCAAGAUAUGGUGCUUUUGAGACAGAGUUUGGCCACGCUGCUUAUCACCUCUCAAAUCCUGAAUCAAGUGAUGGAGGCCUUCCUGCCAUACUGGCUGCAGAGGAGGAGGAACAAGAAAGUCCAUAAGAGGAUGAGGAGAAUGAUGGGUGAUAAAGAGCUCCCCCUGCUGGAACAAGUUCAGCUGGAGACCGAAAUGAACACCUAUCUGGGCACAUUUGACGACUACCUCGAGCAGUUCCUGUUGUUCGGCUAUGUGAGUCUGUUCUCCUGUGUGUAUCCGCUGGCCGCUGUGUUGGUGGUGCUGAACAACAUCACUGAGGUUUAUUCUGACGCCUUCAAGAUGUGCCAUGUUUUCAAGCGUCCCUUCUCAGAACCAGCAGCAAACAUCGGGGUGUGGCAGUUGGCAUUCGAGACGAUGAGCAUUAUCUCAGUGGUGACCAACUGUGCCUUGAUUGGUUUGUCCUCACAAGUGAAAGCGUACUUCCCUGAAUCAGAGACUCAGAUGAUCCUCAUUGUGGUGGCAAUAGAGCAUGUUCUCCUUGCCUUCAAAUUCAUCCUGGCAUUCGUCAUUCCAGAUGUUCCUAAACAUAUCCAAGUCAAACUAGCCAAGCUGGAGUUUGACUCCCUAGAAGCUCUUAAGAAAAGGAAAAUACUGGAAGCUGCGGAGACCUGAAAUAAGUGACGGGUGAUGACAACAACGCGACAAAAGUACUCAAGGUGUACACAUGCUGUAAACUAUCUAGUAUUAUAUUUAACUGACUUUGACUUUAAAUAUGCACUCAUUGACAAGUUAUUAAAAAAAUGGCUUAUUGAUGCUGUACACUUCUGAAUGACAGGGUUUUAUUAUGUUUUCCCAUUUUUGCAGUCGCACGAAUUGUUUUAUUAUUUCUUUAUAUGUCAAUAAAACUGUUACUGGUAUAAUGAGAGAAGUGAAAAUGGGAAUCCAAUCGGUGCAUGUCUGAUGGGGUCAAUUGACUAGGUUGAUUUGGUAAGUUUGUCAUAGUACAUCUCAUUUUUUAUUUCUGUCUGAAGCUGUAAAAAAAAAAAGAAUGUUGUAAAGAGGUGAUUAGAAGUAUUUCUCAGACAUUGGGCCAAAAAACAUUUUUUUUUAUUUUUGAGGAAUUAAAUAAAAUUGUUUGAGGACUUGAAAUUGUCCAUUUUCAAUCACUCCAAGUUCUACCAAAGAUAGAGCAGUGCCUUUAAACAUCACUGUACCAUGUUUAACUGUUAUGGCUUUUGUUUACAGAUGUCAGGCCGCUUCACCCUGUACUGUACUUGAAAGAAGUAUAUUCAAUAUUCUCUGCCUGAAAAUAAACAUUUUAAAUAUUCAGAUAACAUACAUCCUUUCCACACCUUGGGAUGAGACAUUUGUGAUUGAGACUUUCAGAAGGUGUCCUUUAUCAGCCUUAAACUCAGAAGCUGCAUUACCAACAAACACUGAAAUAUUGUAAGAACACCUAAAGUUUUUUUUUAAUGACAUUAGCGAUUCAGUGACCAUGUUUUCAUGCAAAACAUGCUAGUUAGUAUUAAUCACAUUCAGGAACAUGCUAGUUUUCUUUUCUUGCUAUUUUCCUAUUAUACUGUCUUUCCAUUACACAGCACGUUUAUUCAAUUUUCAUUCAUGUCCUUAGCAGCAUACAACAGCAUAAAACGUAGGGCUUGAAAUUCUUUUCCUGUCUGUAUACUGAUUUAUGUUGUUUAAGGUUUGUUCCAAAGUUUUACUUCAGUUAGUUUUUACCAAAGUAACUAAUUAUUUCUCUUUUCUUUUUUUGAUUUUAUUUUCUAUUGAGCAACCUUUUUUUCAACUUUACAGGUUAAUGGAUAUACUUUCACAAAUUUGUAAAAAUAUUUUUAGAAAUGGCAUGCAGUUUGUUUCAUUGGGAUAACUAAUUAGUGGCAUCCGUGGACUCACUUGAGUGAGAAAAAUGUGUUUAGAUGGGAUUAGACAAUUGUAUGCAUGUAAACACAGUCAUUUAUCAUCUUGUCUUGACAUAGAGACUUGCUAUUUACAAUUCUAUUUGACUAAUUACACAAAUGUGUUUAAAAAGACUAAGGUUUUGGGAGCAAAACAAACAACUCCCUGUGUCUUCUCUUCACUCUUGAUGUUUCCUGAAGCUGAGGACUGAGGGCAGUGCGACUAGCCAACUUAAAACUCAAUCUAAUUAGGGAACCGUUUGUCACACUUUCUGACAGUGAAGCAGUCUCAGCAGUUUCCACUGACCAGCAGUAACACUGACAAUAUGUAGAACGUGUCUGUGUGCUCGCAAGGUGCUCUACCGACAACACGAAUAUAGUGUGUUUGACCAUUAAGCUGAUGCUGGACAUGUACUUGGAUGAGAAGCGUGUACUUGAGACACCCCUGGUUAUUGGAGACACCUUGGCAGCACAAGCGGGCAGUAAAUUAAGAGCAAAUACAUUUCAGCAGCAGGGGCUUGUGGGCAGCGGUAUUCUGUCAAGUUUAACUUCUUGCCACAUAGUGUCCAGUGAAACUCUGAACCAAGAUGUCUUCUAUUGUACAGAAAGCCCACAGAUAAAUAACUUUAAUGUGAAAUAUUACCAUUUUACUUCCGUUAUGUAUUUUGGAGUAACAUAAGCUAUUCAAUGCGAAAAAAAGUAGGGCUCCAACACCAAAAAA